AUGAAAUCUCUGAUGAACACCUACUGGAUGCUGUGUGAUGCCGUACACCAGGCUAAUGACUUCUACUGCGAUCAGCUGAUGGCCGUCAUGUUCUCCUUAUUUGUUCAAGUCACUAUCAAGUCCUACUUCUUCUUCUUGCACGUCAGAGCUGGUUACAUGGUCGGCAUGACUAUGGAUGCAGUAUGGGUCCUGGUUCUCAUCUGCUAUGCGAUUUUGGUUGCGAACUCAAGCACGCAUAUCACUUACUCGGCUGACAAUACUGCGGUGAUGAUUUGCAAGUUGAUAAACAAAGAUCUGGAUCCGAGUUUUAGGAAACAGCUUGAAGGGUUCCUACUGCAGUUGCCUCACCACAACGCAAGAUUCUCUGCUCGUGGAUUUUUCCAGAUCCAUAAUGAGACCCUCACAUCAAUGGCUGGAGCGGUGACAACUUACCUGGUGAUACUGAUCCAGUUCCAGACUGAGAAGUAAUCCACCUAGACUAGUCCACUCUAGAGAAACAUUCAUUUUGAAAAAAAC